GAUAUUCUAUUCGUCCGACUAUUUCCGGUUCUAUAUAUUGACUAAACCCCUGAACCCCUUACAUAUGGUAUCUCCUGAUGAAUGGAUUCAUACGAAGAGAAUUGGAUUAAAUGCGAGACUGAAGAUAACGACAACUCAUUUCCAUUUGCUGUCCAAUCCUUAUAUGAAGAGAUGUCUGGAAACCGUAGAGUAGUAAAUGUUUCAUUGCAACAGUGCUGGGUGCGAUUGUGUUGUUGCUGGUGUUGUGUAUGCGAUUAUUAUGUAUGUGUUGUGUAUGCGAUUCCGGCAAUGGUUCGGGAGGUACCGGAGGCUGUGACUCAGGAGGUGGAGGCUAUGACUCGGGAGGUAUCGGAGGCUAUUACUCAGGAGGUGGAGGCUAUGACUCAGGAGGUGGAGGCUGUGAUACUUCAGGAGGUGGUUACGACUCAGGUGGUGGAGGCUGUGACUCAGGAGGUGGUUGCGACUCAGGUGGCGGGGGAGGAGAUUGUGGCUAAAUAUAUGAUCAUGUAUAGGACUUGCAAAAAGGCCACCCCUUAA